UUACGUGUAUAGACGAUCUCCGUACGAGUCCAUAGUAUGUGCGUCGAAGAAAAACCUCUCUCUCCCACUGGCUUCUAUGAGUGAGCUUUCCGACACUUUCCGCUCUCGUGACCGACUGCCGUGUCCGAAAUAGUCGCGUUCGGUUCCGUCCUUGUCGCUCUCCACUUGCGUUCGUUUAUGGUUACAUUUGUGCCUCUUGUAAACCGUAGCUGCUGGUCUUUUGAGGCUAGCUGGCUAGCAGAGCCUUGACGGACGGAGGAGGCAGGAUCCAGCUGGUCGGACAGCGCAGCGUAGCUCCACACCAACGUUAGCAAAACAAGCUAAUUAGCCUCAAAGGCUCACCGUGGAUUACUGUCCACAAUCAAACGCCGAUCCGGAGUUUAAGGUUCACGAGUACGAGGCAAAAUGAAGAUAACUGUGGAUUUCGAGGAAUGUUUGAAGGACUCCCCACGGUUCAGCACUUUUAAAAAGCAUGGUCUUUGACGACUGCCACCUUGCUAUUUUUGGUCUCUCAAGAAAGCUGAAGCCAGCCAAGCAGGCAGGGAAAACAAACUCACAGGGCAAUAUGUUGCAAUCGCCAUCGGAGCAAAGCGACCAUAGAGGACGUGGAGGGGGAUGUGUGUGAGUUGGAAUCGAAGCUCGAUAAACUGGUGAAGUUGUGUAUCGGGAUGAUAGAUGCUGGGAAAGCUUACAAUGCUGCCAACAAACAGUUUGUCAACGGGAUCCGGGAGCUUGCCCUGCAAUCUACCAAAGAUGAAGUCAUCGAGUCCAGUCUUUCCAAGUUUGCAGAAAGCCUUCAGGAGAUGAUCAACUAUCAUACGAUACUAUUCGAUCAGGCCCAGAGAUCAAUCAAGACCCAGCUUCAAACAUUUGUAAAAGAUGACCUACGUAAAUUUAAAGAAGCCAAGAAGCAGUUUGACAAGGUGAGUGAAGAAAAGGAUGCAGCGCUGAUCAAAAAUGCCCAGGCUCCCCGCAACAAGCAGCACGAAGUGGAAGAGGCUACCAACAUCCUUACCGCCACGCGCAAGUGCUUCCGACACAUCGUUCUCGACUAUGUUUUGCAGAUUAACGUGCUACAGUCCAAGAGAAGAUCGGAAAUCCUCAAAUCUAUGCUGUCCUUCAUGUAUGCCCACCUGACUUUUUUCCACCAAGGCUAUGACCUCUUCAGUGAGUUACAGCCUCUAAUGAAACAGCUCGGAGGACAGUUGGACCAGCUGGUUGUGGAUGCUGCCAAAGAGAAGCGGGACAUGGAGCAAAAACACUCCACCAUCCAGCAAAAGGCUGCUUUGCAGGAGAUGACGGAGUUGGACUCAGACCACCGAAACUUUUGUGCUUGGAGGUCAUCCUCCGACUUCUCUAAUGACGACACCAAGUUGGAAUACAACGUGGAUGCGGAGAACGGCAUCGCCAUGGAGGGUUAUCUUUUUAAGAGGGCCAGCAAUGCCUUCAAGACAUGGAAUCGACGGUGGUUCUCCAUCCAAAACAAUCAGCUGGUUUACCAGAAGAAAUUCAAGGACAACCCGACGGUGGUCGUGGAAGACCUGAGGCUUUGCACGGUCAAACACUGUGAAGAUUUGGAGCGCCGCUUUUGUUUCGAGGUGGUGUCACCCACCAAGAGCUGCAUGAUGCAAGCAGACUCUGAGAAGUUGCGACAGGCGUGGAUCAAAGCAGUCCAGAACAGCAUCGCCACUGCCUUCCGCGACAAGGGAGAUGACGCUGAGAAGCUGGACAGGAAAUCUUCCACAUCAACAGGGAGCUUAGACUCGGGUGGGGAACCCAAGGAGAGAUCGCUAAAAGGGGAGAGCGCCCUGCAGAAAGUCAUCGCCAUCCCGGGCAACGCGUGUUGCUGUGACUGCGGCCAGCCAGAUCCACGCUGGGCCAGCAUCAAUCUCGGCAUCACCCUUUGUAUCCAAUGCUCUGGAAUUCACAGGAGUCUGGGAGUUCAUUUCUCAAAGGUCCGGUCGCUGACUUUGGAUUCAUGGGAGCCAGAACUGCUUAAGCUAAUGUGUGAACUUGGAAACGGGGUUAUUAACCAGAUAUAUGAGGCUCGGCGAGAGGAACUGGGAGCGAGAAAACCACAGCCAGGAGACCCAAGACAUGAAGUGGAGGCCUACAUCAAAGCCAAAUAUGUGGAUCGCAGGUUCGUGCGCAGGCCGUCUGAUGAGGAGCUUCGGAGCAAGGUGGUGUCCCUCAGCAAACAGGAGAAGAGACUUAGCAGCAGCUCUGAGCAGCUGCCCCCAAGACCGCCGCCGCCCACACCCAAACUGCGACCCGGCUCCAACGCAUCUGGACAGUCAGCUGUUGCCAGUGGCUCGGAGGCCCGGCGGGACUCUCUCUUCUGUCCUGACGAGCUUCAUUCACUCUUCUCCUACUUUGACAACUCCUCCAAGCUCAGGAGCAUCAAAAGCGCCGACAGUGGAAUCCAGCAUAGUGCUGAUGGCAGCAGGGAAAUGCUGGCCACCACCCCCUCUAAUAGUAGUUUGGCCGAUGCAGAUAUUGCUGAGCCUCCGCCCAUGCCCAUGCCAGCCACUCUGCCGCCACCAUCACCUUGUAAGGAGACCGUGUUCUCCGAGCCCAAGGAGUACAGUUCAGGUCUUCAGCUCUACUGGGCUUCGUGUGCCCGCAGUCUACCUGACAUGGCUGAGGCACUGGCCCACGGAGCCCAAGUCAACUGGGUCAACACCGAAGACGACAAGAGAACACCGCUCAUCAUGGCAGUGCGGGGGGGCUCAUUGGUGACCUGCGAGUUUUUGCUCCAAAAUGCGGCCAACGUAAAUCAGCAGGAUGCUCAAGGUCGAGGACCUCUGCACCACGCCACCAUGCUGGGACGCACAGGGCAAGUGUGUUUAUUCUUGAAGAGAGGAGCCAAUCAAAACGCUGCAGACAUUGAGGAGAAAACACCGCUGGCCAUCGCGGUGGAAGCGGCUAAUGCAGACAUUGUUACAUUGCUGCGAUUGGCCAAGAUGAACGAGGAGAUGCGCGAGGCAGAGGGCCCCUACAGCCAGACAGGAGAUGAAACCUACCAGGACAUCUUCCAGGACUUCACCCACAUGGCCUCCAAUGACCCGGACAAGCUGAACCGCUACCAGCAAUACGACCCCCAGAGACCCUGACGACGAACACCCCUUUGGCCCUUUGCGUUUGAUUCCAAUGUCUGACAUCAAAUUGAAUUCUUUGGACGUGGCGAUGCCUGCUUGUAAGCACAGGCUGAGCAUUAAAGCGAAGGACCGGUGUUGGACGCCGACCUUAAGUCAA